UGCAACUGACUCAUUGAGCUAAUUUCAUUCCUCUCUUUCAUUCCAGAGAUUCCUCUGAAAAGCUGUCACCUUUCCAAAAUACCAAGCCUGCUUUCCAACCACCAGCACCAGCACCAACAACAACAGCAGCGGCUGGGCUAGCCAGAGAGCCCUCCUCAUCCUCACCUGACCUUCAUCACACACAGAGGAGGGGGCAGAGACAAUCCCUCUCAGUGCUGCCCAAAAGGAAAAAAAAAAUACAAGUCUUUCCCCUACAAAGUGCUGACCAGGAUUGCCUUUCUCUGCCCCCAUUCAGUCCUUUCUCCUGGCUUCCAGAUACCCCACAAUAGCUGCCUAGUUGCCACCAAGUUCUACUGUAAAAGCCCCGCACCUUCCCUCUGCUGGCAAGAAUUUGCUGAGUCCUCUUUAUCAAGGUGAGGCUUGGAGGAGCCUCUCCUUUCCCUCCUAUUCCAAAACAUGGAUCCCAACAAUGGGUGGAGUGAAGCUGGCAGCCCAGCUGAGAGUACAGGCGAUUUGGGAGAUUCCAUGGAGAAGAGUCUAGACAAUGAUGCAGAAGGUGUAUGGAGUCCAGACAUAGAACAGAGCUUCCAGGAGGCACUGGCUAUAUACCCACCAUGCGGGAGGCGCAAGAUUAUCCUAUCUGAUGAAGGCAAGAUGUAUGGUCGAAAUGAAUUAAUAGCCAGAUAUAUAAAACUACGAACAGGAAAGACGCGCACAAGAAAACAGGUGUCUAGUCACAUACAAGUCCUAGCACGGAGGAAGUCACGAGAAAUCCAGUCCAAGCUGAAGGCUAUGAACAUGGAUCAGGUAGCAAAAGAUAAAGCUCUGCAGAGUAUUUCAGCGAUGUCUUCAGCACAACUUAUAUCUGCAAUGCCCAUUCAGAAUAAACUGGGGGUGCCCAGUAUAUCACAGACCCCAUUCCCGCCCACUGCAGGGUCUCCAGACUUUUUCCAGUUCUGGCCUGGAGGAGCUGUUCAAGCUCGGCCAACACAGGAUGUUAAGCCGUUUUCCCAGCCUCCAUAUCCCCUGCAACCUGCUGCCCCCCUUCCUCCUGUACCAGGUUACAAUGCAAGUCCUGCCAGCCUCUCCCCAACAGGCCCCCCCUGGCAAGGCCGUUCUAUUGGAACGCCAAAACUGCGCCUUGUUGAAUUCAUGGCUUUUAUGGAACAACAAGGAGAACCUGAUGCAUAUAACAAGCAUCUGUACGUACACAUCAGUCAGUCAAACCCCUCCUACAGCGAUGCAUUAUUGGAGUCUGUGGAUGUGCGUCAAAUCUAUGACAAGUUUCCAGAGAAGAAGGGAGGACUUAAAGAACUCUACGAGAAGGGCCCUCCUAAUGCCUUCUUUUUGGUCAAGUUCUGGGCUGACCUCAAUACUAGCAUUCAGGAUGAGCCAGGAGUAUUUUAUGGUGUCAGCAGCCAAUAUGAGAGCCCUGAGAAUAUGACCAUCACCUGUUCCUCCAAAGUGUGCUCUUUUGGGAAACAAGUAGUGGAGAAAGUAGAGACAGAGUAUGCUCGGUUUGAAAAUGGACGUUUCCUUUAUCGCAUCCAUCGUUCUCCUAUGUGUGAAUAUCUCAUUAACUUCAUCCACAAACUGAAGCAGCUUCCUGAAAAAUACAUGAUGAAUAGCGUUUUAGAAAACUUCACUAUACUACAGGUGGUUACAAAUCGGGAUACCCAGGAACUACUUCUUUGCAUAGCUUAUGUUUUUGAAGUGUCCACCAGUGAACAUGGAGCUCAGCAUCACAUCUAUAGGCUGGUCAAAGACUGAGACAUAAAGAACCCUCCCCCAUGACUCAGCCAUGUUGCAUUUGGUUGUUAUUGGCAAUCUUGAUGGCAUCUCAUAUUCUCCACAAACCUUCUGGGAACGGAGACUUAGAAAAUGGGUAUGGGACCCUUAAGUGGAUGCAUGGACAUGAGGGGGAAGGGCCACAAAACCAUAAAGACCUCACCCUAACAGAACCUUCUGUGUAAUGUUUUGAGCCAAAAGGAAUAUAUAUAUAAAUAUCUAUAUAUAUAAAUAUAAAUAUAUGUUUGUGUGUGAAACAGUUUCCAAACUGUGGAAACCAUGUAGAAGCCGCAGCUGUCAUAAGGUGUUUUUGUUUAAUUUUUAAUGUUAUUUUUAUUUUUUACAUUGUGUUGCUGCCAAGUGCAUCAGUUCACGGUACGGCACCAAUUUAAGAGUAAGGUGUGGAAGACUGAGUGGGAUAGGAGACUUGUAUAAACACUCCUCUUUUCACUUUUUUUUUUUUUUUUAAUCCAGCUUCUUUGACCCCACUGAAAUGUAACUCCUGCACUUUCUGUGGACGAAACCUUGUAGCUAUAGCCACCAUUUUUAGCCCACUAAAUCUUUAUUUUUUGCAAAUUGUAGGCUUGCACAGUAUUUUAAUCUGGUUCACCUUUCAGCCUUGUGUUAUGUGGCCAGCUACUAAGACUAAAAUGUCAUAUUUAACAUAUCAGGGAGUAUCGGAAAGCAAAUUCUACUGUGUGGGAGGUUUCGUGCACUAUCUGGCCUUAAGUGUGUGUGCAUUAAAUCUCCAUCAUGGAUUUGUGAAGUAAUAUGGAAGUCAGAAAGUGGUAUUUAAUGUGACUUAAUAACUCUUAAGCAGUUCUACUUGCCAAGAAAAUGUAUAUUUUUCAGAAAAUAGCCAAGAUCUGAUUAAACUUUGCCAUCUGGGCCUGGUGAUGUCUUGUUGAGUAGAAUUAAAAGACCAAUUGAAAUUCUGCUUUUAUUUUCAAGUAUGUGUAAAAUACUUAAAUUAUGGGAUUCCUAUAGUGGCACAUCAACCCCAGUAGAAAUAAUGAGAGACUGGCCUGCCAUGAAGACGAAUUGCUGAAGAUGUUUUGUAUCGACCAGCUGGACUAUUGUAAAGUAUUGAAAGAAAUGUACAGUGACUCUUACACUGGUGUCACAAAUUCAGUGCCUAAAACAAAAAUGAAAAAGAGACAUAUAUAUUUUUUUGUAUUGACAAGCAAACUUUUUGCCUCGGUGGAUUUUUUUGUGCCAUGAAAAUGACAAAAUGUACUUAACUGGCAACCCACAUCCAGCAUGUCCCUCCCAGCACUCCCGAAGAAGGCCAGAAUGUGAAUCGUAUCAGUAUUUUAUGGGUGGAUCUCAUCUUUUAAAUGCAAUAAGUGGAAUUGUGUGAAAUUGGAAUGAUGAUAAGAUUGGUAUUUCUAACAUUUCCAGCAAUAGAAUGGUGGGUGUGCAGAUGUGAAUGCCUGAUACGUCCCUAUAAACAAAAGAAAAAAUGGGCAUUUAAGGGUCCUAGAGACUGUUUAUUGGAGUUUCAUCUGAACUGAAUGUGCUCGUAUAAGCCACUACUGCAUGGACUUAACAGUCGUUUUUUAGAAAAUAUAUAAAAAAAAUGAAAUGAACAGCUUUAGGUCUUCAAAGAUUUCACUGUAGGGAGUACACAGAAAAGCAGUGUGAAGACACCAUGCAGCAAAUUGGUCAAACCAAAGAUAUACUUACUAUGCGUAUCUACUGAUCAUCUGUUCAGUUCUUUUUUUUUUUCAUUUUUGUGUACUGUUUUUUUUUUAACAUUUCAUGGGCACUAUUUUAUGUUCUUCGCAGUGAGGUUUGGUUGAAGCCAAACCAAAGCCACCUGAGUUUGAAUUGAUGAGUGCAUUACUGCAAUGCUUAAGAACUUCCUGGUUUGAGAUGUGCACUUGCAACCAUUGUAUACAAUUGUGACAUGGAGUUGACUUUCAUCCUGUGCCAUUGAUUCUGCUUGAAUAGGUCAUGGUUCAUCCUUAAGAAUCCCUAUAUUUAUUGUUUAAACCAAGUGGGAAGUUUACAGGAAGGAAUAUAUGUGACUUACGAAUAGGCUAACAGGGAAUGUGGACAUGCAUGUGGAAACAGAUAUUUAUAAAGAUAUUUCACAUCCUGGACAUUAGGCAGGGUUAACCAUGAAAUUAACCAAACCCAUAGACGUUAAAGGGAGCCAAGCGCCUAAAUUAAUUGAGGAAUUCACUGUUAUAUACUGUAAGAACAAUAUAUAUUAUAUAUGAAUUGUGUAUUGUCUAAAUUUAAGAUAUUUGAAUUGAAGUGCACUCUAUUGUAAAGCUGAGUGCAGUGCUCAGAAACAAUAGAGAACUUCUUUUUAUGGUUUUCAGAAGUUUUUCAAUGGAGCUUCCUAAUUUUUGCCAACACUUUGUGUGCCAAGAAUACUAAUUUAUUCUAUUGGAACAUAACCUACCUCAAGUAUCUUAAGUUUAGACUGGUUAUAAAAAGUCCUACAUGCAGAUUUGUAGUUUAUUCACUAAAAAUACAUGGUUAUCGCUGUUACUGGUUUCCCGUAGUGUGUCAUGCAUUGUCUAUGAAAGUUGGUUUGGUGAAACUUUGGGGCGACACACUGACAAGGCUCAUGUCUUUAUUUGGGUGUUUCAAUUCCAUAAAUUUUACAUUCAUAAUAGAUGUUUGAGGGAACAAAGUUUUAGGCACAGUUCUACUGCCAUGGUGGAUCUGUAGAAGUCACUGAAGGUCCUAUACAAGUGUAAACCUAUUACGAUAAUUGACAGAACUUCUGGUAACAAGAUGACAAGAGAAGGUGUUUAGUGACUCCAUUUGGCAUGACUUUUUUUUCCCUUCACUGGAGUAGAUAUGAAUUUUAAGAAUCAUCCUUUAUUUGCUCUAAUUUUAAGGAAAACCAUUGUACUACACAGGAAAAAA